AUGACAAAGGGACCGCCUAUUAGCGUGAUUGAUCAUCAAGCGCUACAACGCUUCGCUGAUGAGGUACAAGCAAACUACGAUACACUGGCUUCAAUGGGAUUUCUAUCAGAGGUCAACAAGGAUAUGCUUGGGAAAAUACUGUCACGGCUACCAAGAGGAACCCAAAACAAAUUUAUUGAACACUUAAGAAAGCUUGAAACUACAGGACACUCGAUGCCGUCGUUCACAGAUGUUGUGAAUUUCCUAAAGGAUAGAGCACAAGUGGCCAACCACCCAUUUUUCUCAUCGUCAUCGCAGCCAACGACAAGGUUGCCUAUCAAACAACCUGUCAAACCUACACAUAGAUCAUCUACGUUUACUACUACAGCAACAACAUCUAAGGAACUGUGCACGAAGUGUUCUAAGGAUCAUGCUCUGUACAAAUGCGAUGCCUUUAAGGCACUAACUCCACGUGAAAGAGCGGACUUUGCAAAGAACAAUCAUCUCUGCUUCAAGUGUCUGAGCUCAAAGCACAGUGCAAAACAAUGCAAGUCCACGGCUCGAUGCCGUGCCAGUGGUUGCGGAAAGUUACACCACACUCUGCUUCAUUUUGAAAGAAAGGAAGAGAACUCUGUGACAACACCGGCUAGUGAUGUGCCCAAAGCUAACUUCUGCGUAGCUGCAAAGAAGAUUUCUCGAGGAGCACUCUUACAGGUCCUCUCUCUACGAGUAACAAGCCUGCAAGGAGACACUAUAACAACGUAUGGUCUGUUAGACUCUGGCUCAGACUUGACAAUGAUUGACUCUUCCCUUGCUCUACUGCUUGGGAUGAAAGGCACUUUGGAUAACUACUUUGAGUGA